AUGACCGAGUCCGCUGCAGAGGAGCAGCCUUAUUUCUAUAGACUGCGUACCAUUUUCGGCUGUAGUUUCCUCAUAGGGUUGCAUAUAAUACAACACAUACUGAAAGGCUUCGUAUGCGGCGGAGGAGACGGUGGUUUGGCCGGAACGCCUAUUGAUUUCGUCCUGCGUGAGUACAAGGUGUCCGGCACAGAUUUGCAGGUAUACCGGAGUGCCAUUAACAUCCCUUGGAGCAUCAAGCCUCUUAUUGGCCUCCUCAGUGACCGUCUGCCUCUAUUCGCUUUCCAUAAACUACCCUAUAUGUUCAUAUCGACAAUUAUAGCCCUGCUUGCAAUGCUUCUUCUUGCUAUAAGGCCGGUGAUACUUGCUGUUGCCUUAGUCUGCUAUUUCUGCAUCUUUUUGCAGUGCUCGAUAUGUGAUCUUCUGUCAGAGGGUAUGUACGCUGCGAAAUUGAAGGAGUGCCCUAGAUGCGGCCCCGACUUGAUCACUUUCGUAUGGGUCGGCAUAUCAGUAUUUCGAACAUUCAGCGUAUUACUGGUUGGACCUCUUAUAGACACCAUCGGUCCAUUCUCGGUCUAUUGGUUGGCGAUGCCGUUCGCAGCACUACUCUUGCCCGUAAUCGUCUUCAAUCUACUGGGAGAACCUCGCUCCGCUCGGAAUGAACCUGAUGGAAGUAGAAAACUUGUUUUCUGGGAGAUGACGUGUUUGUCACUCGUAAUCGGUGUCGGCGGUAUCUUCUUGGCGAUUUACUCCAUCAUUGAAAGACAGUUACAGCGCAAAUGUCUCGCCGCCGGCAUCCUUGGCCUCGUCGUUGUAUCGUUAUUUACUUUGUUGACGCGGCCUCUAAUAGCCAAGCAAAACCUCUUCAUGUUCAUACAAAAUUGUAUGCACUUUGGGACCCAUGGUGCUUCCUUCUACUUCUUCACAGACACUCCCGAACAGUAUCCUGAGGGCCCUCAUUUUGACACAGUCUUCUACACGACAGCCCUUGGGAUUGUCGCAUCUAUCUGCAGCCUAGGGGGGAUGUACAUCUAUAAUCGUUAUAUGAAACAUUGGCGCUACCCAUGGAUCUUCUCGUUCUCCAGUAUCUUGUGCUCUACUGUUGGUCUGCUCAACAUUGUCGUCUACACUCGAUUCAACAUUACCCACCUCGGAAUUUCUGAUAGAAUCUUUGUUAUCUCCUCUUCGGCUCUUGGUAUCAUACUCGGUGAGUUCAAUUGGAUGCCUGCCAUUGUUUUGCUCAGUCAAAGUUGCCCUAGCGGUUUGGAAUCUACCAUGUACGCUUUGCUCGCUGGGGCGAGUAAUCUCAGUGCUAAUUUAGCUGGCUACUUUGGCGCUGUGAUUCUCGAUCAUCUCGGGGUCACGCCUGAUGGGUCUCCGAACGAGGGAUCUAAGUUUUCUCGCCUUUGGGAGGCCAGUCUGUUAUCGUGUAUCGCACCACUGGUGCCGUUGGUUUUGGUACGGCUCUUGAUACCAAAUGCUCGACAGACUGAUUCGCUGUUGGUCGAGGAGCCCUCAGACCCUUGUCAUGAUAGUCUGUGGCGAAGGAUACAAUCUUCGUGGCUGGGGAAGAACGGUACUUACAACAUCGUUGAAUUGGAGGAGGCCGACUCGAGGACCGACAAGCACAGUAGUCGUAGCGAGGAAAUUGGGGAUGAUCGGGACGCUGCAGAAUGAUUCGCAAAUCGCUGCAAACAGCAAUACUGUC